CGCGUCCCCCCAAGAUGGCGGCCGCGCGGAACCCGGAAGCGCGGCGAGGCGGCGGCGGCCGGGCGGGAGCCUGAGCGCCCGGGGCACGGACAUGGUGCGGGGAGAAGAGCACAGAUAAAGAGCCUCCCACCGCUCCCCAGCCCGCUCCCCCUGCCCGGAGGACUUCAUGCGGCGGGACCCGGGCUGAUGCCCUCAGCACACGCUGCCAUGGACGGGGGGAAGAGCUGUCCGCAGCACGAGCACCAGCAGGCGGGCGACGCGCUCUACAGCGUCCCUGCCUUCCGCUCCCAGCUCGCCGUGCCGGCCAUGGAGAAUUCCAUGCUGGCGGCCGACUCGUGGAGUAACUGCUACCCUGCCUCUUUCCCAACCUCAUCUUUCCUAAGUGAAAACCAGCAAUAUUUUAAUUCCCCUCACGAUUUUUAUAUGAAUUCCAUCAGCAGACCACAUUUCUUGGAUACAAACUAUGCAUCUGUGGACCCCACUGACUUCUUACCAAAAAAUGGUGAUUUUCCUCAGGAUUCUUCAUACCUCGAUGAGCUUUCCAACAACAACUCCCUCUUCUCAUCCCCUGCGGAUUCCCUCUCUGACAUCGCGGAUCCGAAGGACUUCUUGCCCACGGAUAGCCUGAACCACGUGCCAACACUAUGGGACGUAAACACGUCGCAGCAGAACCAAAUAGAGCUGUUCUCACCCAGCAGAUCGUUCGGUGGCUUGAACAGCUCAAACGACCCCGUUCCUGCUGUCCCCAACACCCCGCUCCUCAUAAGCUACCAGUCUCAGGCUCCUGCAGAGGAGGAUGAUGAAGGUGAUGAGGAAGAAACAGAAGAGUUGGGACAAACGGAGACCUAUGCAGAAUACAUACCUUCGAAGUCCAAGAUUGGGAAGCACCACCCUGACCUCGUGGUUGAAACGAGCACUCUGUCCAGUGUCCCCCCACCCGACAUCACCUACAGCCUUUCCCUGCCUUGCUCUGUUGCCGACAAAGGGUCACUCUCUGCACUACAGCUGGAAGCAAUCAUUUAUGCCUGCCAGCAACAUGAAGUUUUAUUACCCAACGGGCAGCGAGCUGGGUUCCUCAUUGGGGACGGUGCUGGAGUUGGAAAGGGCAGGACAGUUGCGGGUAUCAUCUUUGAAAAUUAUCUUAAAGGGAGGAAAAAAGCUCUGUGGUUCAGCGUCUCCAAUGAUCUCAAGUAUGAUGCUGAGAGAGACCUGAAGGACAUUGAAGCCUCCCACAUUCCUGUGCAUGCUUUGAAUAAGAUUAAAUAUGGUGACACAGCUACCUCAGAAGGAGUCCUCUUUGCCACUUACUCUGCUCUGAUUGGUGAAAGCCAGGCAGGCGGACAGCACAGGACGCGCUUAAAACAAAUUUUGGACUGGUGCAGGGAAAAUUUUGAUGGAGUUAUCGUGUUUGAUGAAUGCCACAAAGCCAAAAACGCCAGCUCUACUAAAAUGGGCAAAGCAGUGCUGGACCUCCAGAACAAACUGCCUCGAGCAAGGGUUGUUUACGCCAGUGCCACAGGUGCCUCUGAGCCAAAAAACAUGAUUUACAUGAGCCGCCUGGGGAUUUGGGGGGAGGGCACCCCAUUCAGAGCAUUUGAUGAGUUCCUGCAUGCAAUUGAAAAGAGGGGGGUUGGUGCAAUGGAGAUCGUGGCGAUGGACAUGAAGGUCAGUGGAAUGUACAUUGCCAGGCAGCUCAGUUUCACUGGCGUGACCUUCAGAAUCGAGGAGAUCCCGCUGGAUCAGCAGUACAAGAUUGUCUACGACAAAGCAGCAAAGUUGUGGGCAGAGGCCUUGAUGGUGUUCCAGCAGGCAGCCGACUGGAUCGGCCUGGAGUCCCGGAAAUCCUUGUGGGGUCAGUUCUGGUCAGCUCACCAGCGCUUCUUCAAGUACCUCUGCAUUGCUGCUAAAGUCCGGCGGCUCGUGGAGCUUGCCAAGGAAGAGCUGGCAAAGGAUAAGUGUAUCGUCAUUGGCCUGCAGUCCACUGGGGAGGCUCGCACCAGAGAAGUCCUGGAUGAGAACGACGGGCACCUGAAUUGUUUCGUUUCUGCUGCAGAAGGCGUCUUUCUAUCACUAAUUCAGAAGCACUUUCCUUCAACCAAAAGAAAGAGAGAAAAAGGAACUGGCAUUAAAAGAAAACGCAAGCCGAGGGGCCGCUGCGCCAAGGCGCUGAAGGGCAUGUGUGACCCCGCGGGGGUGAUUAAGAUCAGCGACGACAGCAGCACGGACUCCGACAUGGGGCUCGACAGCGACUUCAACUCCUCCCCGGAGUCCGUGUUUGAGACGGACGAUGUCAUCUUCGUGGAGCACACCUACAACGGCUUCGCAGCCGAGGACAGAAGUAAUUUUCACAUGCUGCCUUCCCAGAAAGAGAUGCAUGGCCUGAGAGAACUAGAACACGUGGAAAAGAUGAAGCAGGACCUCCUAGCAAAAGUAAAAGCACUGGGCAAAGAGCUACCUCUCAAUACCUUGGAUGAACUCAUCAAUCACUUUGGGGGCCCGGACCAUGUGGCUGAGAUGACCGGGCGGAAGGGCCGAGUGGUUUGCAGACCGGACGGCUCGGUCAUGUUCGAGUCUCGUGCAGAGCAGGGCCUCUCUAUCGACCACGUCAACCUGAAGGAGAAGGAACGUUUCAUGAACGGAGAGAAGCUUGUAGCAAUAAUCUCCGAGGCUUCCAGCUCAGGUAUCUCUCUCCAAGCAGACAGACGGGUGAAAAACCAGAAGCGCCGGGUCCACAUGACGCUGGAGCUGCCCUGGAGCGCAGACCGCGCCAUCCAGCAGUUCGGUCGAACGCACCGAUCGAACCAGGUUUAUGCUCCAGAGUAUGUCUUCCUUAUCUCUGAGCUGGCUGGGGAGAGGAGGUUUGCAUCCAUCGUAGCAAAGCGUCUGGAGAGUCUAGGUGCCUUAACUCAUGGAGACCGAAGGGCCACUGAAUCCCGAGACCUCAGCAAGUACAACUUCGAGAAUAAGUAUGGGGCUAAAGCACUAGACAGAGUUCUUUCCACUAUCCUCAACCGCACGGAGAACAGAGUUCCUGUGCCCAAGAGCUAUGACAGAAGAGAGGCUGCGUUUUUCUAUGAAAUGAAGCAAGGUCUCAUCUCUGUGGGGAUCUGCUGCAAUCAGAUGAAGUAUGGCACUGUCCCAAUGGAGAAGGACUGCUCCAUCACCAAGUUCCUGAACCGGAUCCUGGGUCUGGAGGUGGACAAGCAGAAUAUGCUGUUCCAGUAUUUCUCUGAUACCUUUGAUUAUCUGAUUGAAAAGGACAAGAAGGAGGGCAAAUACGACAUGGGCAUCCUAGAUUUAGCCCCAGGAGUGGAUGAGAUCUAUGAGGAGAGCAAGGAGGUCUUCCUGACCCCUGGGCACCCGCAGGAUGGGCAGGUCGUGUUUUAUAAGAUCAGCGUUGACAGGGGCCUAAAGUGGGAGGAAGCUUAUGAGAAGUCGCUCAAACUGACGGGAUCUUUCGACGGGUUCUACCUCUCCUACAAGAUGCGGGGCAGCAAGCACACCUGUCUGCUGGCAGAGCAGAGCCGUGGGAAGAACUUCAUCCUCUACAAGCCCAAUAUCGGGAAGCAGAGCCAGCCCGAGAGCCUGGACAGUCUGCACAAGAAGUACCGACGGGUGCUGCCCGAGGAAGCCAAGGAACACUGGGAGAGCUGUUACCAAUUCUCCUUGAAGAAGUGCAACCAUGCUGUCUGGAACAGGAGCUGCAAGCUGAUCCAGGAGGGGAAGGAGUGCUUCCAGGGCAUGCGGCUGCGUCACUACUACAUGCUGUGCGGGGCCCUGCUGCGGGUCUGGAGCAAGAUUGCCAGCAUCAUGGCAGACAUCACCAACACCAGCUACCUGCAGAUCGUCCGCCUCAAGACCAAGGAGAAGAAGAAACAAGUCGGGAUAAAGAUCCCCGAGAGCUGUGUCCGUAAGGUGCUGGAGGAGCUGAAGCAGAUGGACGAGAACGUGAAGCGGAAGCACAACCGACUCCUCCAGGCACAAGAGCAGAGCCCGCAGUUCUCCCUGCCGCUGCACGUCCUGCAGCAGCCCCUGGACCUCACGCAGAGCGGGCCCAGGGUCCCCCUGCCCAGGCACUCCCUGCGCCAGGACGAGAUCCUGGACCUGACCUACAGCCCUCCCAGCAACAGCAUUCCCGACGUGGUGAUGAACCCAGAGCCCAGCGCUUUGUGCUUCCCCUCGGAGCCUGUGCUCCAGCCACACCAGCAGCACAGAUUGCCCUUUGGCUUCAGCCACCUUUCUGCCUUCAAGAGCCCCGACCCCGUCCUGGAGGGGAGCGUGCCUCUGAGCUCCUCGCUGCACGAACAUCUGCCUCUGCCUCACCCCGGACCCUUGCAGACACUGCAGCAGCAGCAGCAGGAAGAUUUUGUCCAGCAGGACGGGAAUAUCAAUUUCAGAGAGAUCCUGGAGGACAUGCUGAGGACGUUGAAUGGGGCCCCUCAAGACAACAUGCUCCCCCAGGAGCGCCAGAGUGUGAUCCAGUUCAGCGGGCCUUUCCCAGACUUCUGAGAGCCUGCUGGGUGCGCCAGGCGCUGCCCAGCCGCUGUGGAUCCAUAUCCUUUGGCGCAGAGAUGAGAGCUGGGGAGCCCUGGCUUUCCUACUGGUUUGGACUGAUCCGUUUCUGUUUUUGAGGGAAGAAAAAAACAAACCUAUAAAGCAAAGUUUAUUUAUAUAUAAUAUACAGUCAGGCAUGUAUAGAUUUGUAUAUAACACGCUUGGGGGAGUCGAGUGCCGCCAGGUUCAGCUGAUCUGGACUGACGGCCUCUGCCGUGUUCUGGUCCUGCUCCAAGGUCAGUGCCGUGCAGGACUGAGGAGAGGCUCCCCCUCCUUGCUGCCCGCCCCCUGCAGACUACUGAGUUUCCAAGCCGGGCCGGGCCUUCCCCAGCCCUCCAGCCCAGAGCUCUGCAGCCACUGCCGCCCCUUGAGCUGGGCAGGAGCACGUCGGCUCCAAAACAGCUGGAGACCGGUGCCCGACCGCUGGCUGACCACAGCGCGCCUGCCUCAGCUGGUGCCAGCUCUUCCACCAGCCCUGCGCUGCUCGGCACUGGGCUCCGGGCGGCUGGGCUGGAGGGAAGGUGGCGCUGGCUCAGAGGGGUCAGGAGCCACGGAGAUCCCGUCCCUCUGUGCAGGAACAGCAGAGGGAAGCAGAGCCGCCUGCUCCUGCUCUGCCCUCCCCAGGGGUGGCAGAUGCUGGCACCUCCGGGCUGCCUGAGCUCUGCAGGAGGGGACAGGAGCUGGCUGCACUCGUGCUGCCUCGUUUGUCAGCACCCCGACAGAGCUGCUGAGUCGGUCGGAGCUUGGCUGCACCGGGACCACGCGGGGACUGCCCGGAGCAGCAGGGCCACGCGCCCGUCAGCCUGCCUGCAGCCCCUGGCCAGCCCGCACUUCAGCCUGGCUGUGGCUGGCCGCGCUUCUCCCAGCUUCUCGCUGUCGUGCCCUGUCCUUUUACCCGGCCAGCUCCCCCUGACCGGGCCCUCCUGGUCCCGGUGAGCGUUGCUGCCCGGCCCUGAAGGGAAGAGGUCCCUGGGGAGCACCAGGGACGCGCGGUAUCGCUGCUCAUGCUGCAAACCCAACCUCCGAUACCAAAGAGCAAAGGUCUGCUUUGCAAAGCACUGCCCCAGGCAGCCCGCCUGCCUCUCCCGCAGCACCCGGCCGGCAGGGCUGGGCGAGCUGCCUUCUCCCCGGGACAGAGGUCGCCUCUGGCCUCCUCUGCCACCACCCCUGCUCCAGCAGCAUCGCGCCUCGGCGGGUCCCGGGGAAGUUCUUUUGUUUUCUCUGCCUAACCUAAGGAGUCUGCCGGGAAGCUGCCUGCUGGCAGGAGUGCUCCAGGCCGGGAUCUCCCCUGCGAGCCUCCCCGCUGCCGUGUUUUUCUCUGCCUCGAGUCACCUAGGUGUUUCCUGGGAGCUGCACCAGGACGUUUCCAGGGGAAGGACGCGAGACCUUCCCCGGCUGGCCCGGCCCUUCCUCAGCGAGGACCUGGGGAAGGAGGCCCAGCCCGGAGAGGCCUCCGCCGGGGUCCCCCUGCCCGAGUUGUGAUGGGGCUGGAGCUUUGUGUGCCUGGAUGAGCCCCUCGUCCAGGCAGGGAGCUGCGACCCCCUGGGCUGCGGGGCUGUCCGGGAGCCCCGUUUGCUUUGGGUCUCUGGGGGCAGGAGCUGCCUGCCCAACGCGGUAAGACUGCUCCCUGCCCUUCGUGUGGGGGCUUCUCCUUCCCCCAGCUGGCAUCGCCUCCCAGCAGCCCUUCGCCCCGCUGUUUUACUGUGCGAGGGAACCUCCUUACCUCACAGCCCGCACCAAAGAGGGGAGCCCCCAGCUGCUGCCCCGGGAGCUGCUGCGCAGCUUCUGCUCGCAGCCAGCCCCGCUCCUGCCUCUGCCAGCCUCGGGGCGAGCGGCAGCCUGUUCGAGUCCUGAGCAGAGCAAGAGCAAGGCUCUCCCCUUCCCCGGCCUCUGUUUAAAAUAUUUCCCGCUUCACAACACUCGAAGAGAGGCCCCGGCCUCGCCACGUCCCGGUUCGCUCGCUUAGCACUUGCCGAAUCCUCGGCGCCGAGGGAAAGGGAUGCCGAGGAAACCCAGCUCAGAGAGGCUUAAACUCAGGAAUCGUGACGAGGGAUUCUUGCUCUAGGCACCCUCCGCCAGCCACUUCGCCACCACUGCCCCGAGUCUGACCUGGUGGCCCUAACGUAUGGUUUUAAAAUAUAUGCAAUUUUCCCUCCCUGAUUUCUGGAGAGACAGAGCACCUUCAAGGAAGCCCUUCCCUGCCCCGAUCCUGUGUUUUUGUCAGGGUUAAUAAUAUGUAACGAUAUCUUUUAACUAAAUUAUUAUGCAGUUGUCCUACUGAUUGUAUGUAUUUUUAAAUGAGUCCCUUUUCUCCUUCCCUUACACCUUUUUGUUAGCACUUUUUAAUCCGCUUGUUGUUUGCCUUUGUUUUUCUAUGUGUAUUUAUAAUUAAUUGAGAUGUAUAUAUGUAAAGAGAUUUUUUUAGAA